CGCGGCCAUGUUGUAUUGUCAAUAUUCUGAAAGAAGACACAAAAGAAUGGAUUUCUCGAGACAACAAGUAUUUGCCAGCUUUAAUUAAAUUGCCGAUAUAAGGUUAAGCAACGACAGAACGGAUAACCUGGACCUCUUUUUUGUUGAUCUUCAAUGCCCAAAGUCCUUUGCAUACUGCCAUCUCUACUUUUGCUGCAGCAGGAAAGGAAACGGGAACAAGAAAACCGCAGAUAUUUAAAGUGGACUGUCCCUGUUAAAGGAAAGAUUCCUGGAGUUUCUUUUUGAGCCAGUAUCAAGCACCAGCAAACACUUUUGAAGACCUCUUGAUGUCAAAGGAGCAAAUUGUAGUAGUCUCAGACGUGACCAAAGCAGGUCAUAUUUUCUUACUGGCCAUUUUGAAUGUAUAAAUACAGAACUCAGAUUUAAAAAGUCAAGAUACUCGAAGAAUACACGAAGAAAAUUCAGGAUUUUUAUACCAGCACAGAUAAGAGUAUGCUGAGGCAAAGAUUUUGAAAGUAAAAUAUGUUUAUGUUUUGGUCACGUAUUUGAUUUAUUUAUUCAUAUGAAUGUUAAUUUCUCCCUUUUUUGGAGAGUUGUCUUGUAAAUAGACAGACUUCAUAUGCAGAUUUCUUCUUUUCAAGAGGUCUGAAUGUCAGAUUGUGUACACAAUACGUUCUUUAGAAAGAAAAGUUUUUAUAUUUCUGCUUUUACUUUUCUACUUUCUUUUUUCUUUUUCUUUUUUUUAAAUCCACGGGUGCAUUAAGCAAAAGAAAUAAGUGAAAUAGAGGCAAAGAUAAAUUUUACACACUGUAAGGAAAAUUGCCAGUUAAGGUGUUGAACCCAUGGCUACAGCAAGAACAGCAAACCCAGCACCAAUGAUUGGACUGAACAGAGCAGCAAAUGGGCAGCUCAAAGGACAGACCAAGACAGCUGGACAACAGUCUGGGCUCCUUGCAACUGCCCAACAGCCCAGUGCCCUCCAGAAAAGGAGCAGCAUUCCUCAGAGCAGUGGAGGCAUCAAGUUUGGGGAUGACUGGAAGAAGUGCCUGGAGCUUCCACCAAAAGACACCAGGGUGAAAACCUCGGAUGUGACAUCAACUAAGGGAAAUGAAUUUGAAGACUACUGCCUAAAACGGGAACUUCUAAUGGGAAUCUUUGAAAUGGGAUGGGAGAAACCCUCCCCUAUCCAGGAGGAAAGUAUCCCCAUUGCUCUGUCAGGCAGAGAUAUUUUGGCACGGGCCAAGAAUGGCACAGGAAAAAGUGGAGCCUGCCUCAUCCCUUUGCUGGAAAGAAUAGACCUGAAGAAGGAUCACAUCCAGGCAAUGGUACUGGUGCCAACAAGAGAGUUAGCCCUGCAGAUGAGCCAGAUCUGCAUUCAGCUCAGCAAGCACCUAGGAGGGGUCAAGGUCAUGGCUACCACAGGCGGUACCAACUUGAGGGAUGACAUCAUGCGUCUUGAUGAGAUAGUGCAUGUAGUGAUUGCUACACCAGGCAGGAUACUAGACCUGAUUAAGAAGGGUGUGGCAAAAGUGGAUAAGACCCAAAUGAUGGUGAUGGAUGAGGCAGAUAAGCUGCUGUCCCAGGAUUUUGUGGUCCUAAUUGAAGAUAUUAUCAGCUUCUUGCCAAAGGAUCGUCAGGUCCUGCUUUACUCUGCGACUUUCCCCAUGAGUGUGCAAAAAUUCAUGAGCAAACACCUGCAGAAGCCUUACGAGAUCAACCUGAUGGAGGAACUGACCUUGAAGGGCAUCACCCAGUACUAUGCCUAUGUGACUGAAAGACAGAAGGUCCACUGUCUCAACACACUCUUUUCUAGGCUUCAGAUCAAUCAGUCUAUCAUCUUCUGUAACUCCACCCAAAGGGUUGAGCUUCUGGCUAAGAAAAUCACCCAGCUGGGCUAUUCUUGCUUCUACAUCCAUGCAAAGAUGAUGCAGGAAUACAGGAACCGCGUGUUCCAUGACUUCAGGAAUGGAUUGUGCAGAAACCUGGUCUGCACAGACCUUUUCACUCGGGGAAUUGACAUCCAGGCAGUAAAUGUGGUCAUCAAUUUUGACUUCCCCAAAAACGCAGAGACCUACCUGCACCGCAUUGGCAGAUCAGGGCGUUUUGGUCACCUGGGUCUGGCCAUCAAUCUGAUAACUUCAGAUGACCGCUACAACCUGAAAACUAUUGAGGAUCAACUAGUUACUGACAUUAAGCCCAUCCCCAGCAGCAUUGACAAGAGCCUAUAUGUGGCAGAGUUUCACUCUCUUGACCCAGAUGACGAUGAUGACAAUGGGGAAGCCAAAAAGGAACUAUGAGCAACCGGAAUGAAUGAAGAAACAUGGCACCUGGCAUUCAUCACACAAUACUGGCUACACAUCAUACAAGACUCCAAGAGAAGAUCUCUAUUCCCCACUUUACUAUUAGAAUGGUCUCUUUUUAUUUUUCAUUUCCAAUUUGACUUAAUAGCAAACUCAUGUGUAAACUCAAAUAUGCAUGUGAGUGCAUAUGCUAGUAAACUGGUAUCUCCCCAAGUGAGAACUGCCACUUAAAUCAGUUUAAAUUUCCGCCACACUGCCAGAGAUGGCCAUUCUAAGUGUGACAUUACAGCCACUCUCAGCUGUAGAUGGAAGUUAUAAACUCUUUUUGUGAUUCACUUUAAGAAUGAAAAUGUGUAACCAAAGGUAAACUUCAAGGCUAAUACCUACAUAUGGCUGAUGUGGUUUUUGAGCACACUGUUCAAAGGAAAACUGCACUCAAAAAGCAAUAAUCUACACUCAGUAGCCACUUUAUUAAAUACACAUUUUUAGUAAAGGACCAGAUUCUCACCUCCCCUACAAUAGACUCGGUUCUCUGUUGCACAGAUUUAACAAAAUGCUGGAAACAUUCCUAGCAGACACAAGUUCAUGUUGACAUGAUAGUAUUACACACUUAGCCUGUGGAUUUUGUGUUUAACCUAAUCUCAAAUGUGCUCUGUUACAUUGAUAGAUAUCUUGUUAGACUGUGGAGGCCAUUGGUGGACACUCAUUAGCAGGAUGAGAUCCUGCUGGAAAUAGCCAUUAGAAGAUGGGUAACCUGUGGCCAUUUAGGGAUACAACAUGGUCAGGAGAGGAGCACCAAUAAUCAUUCCAUAGUCAGUCUCCUGGAUCACAUUUCUUCCCCAUUGUGAUGUUUGGUCUAAACCACUAAACCUUUUGACCAUGUCUAUAUACUUUUCACUGUAUGUGAUUGGCUGAUGAGAUAUUUGCAUUAACAAGCAGCUGUGUCAAAUAAUGUGGCUACAGAGUAUAGUUGUUUUUGUUGCUUUGGCAAUCAUUCCUGUUGCUUUUAAAGACAUUUUCCCCACCAACUUUAUUUCUGAGAUUUGGGGUUACAAUUGUAAAAGAAAGUGGAUUAUACACAUACAUCCUUAGUUUAACCAAAUUAUUUGCGAUAACAUCCUUCAAAAGGGACCCAAAGAUGGAAGAGUAGAGAAAUGAUCACCUAAAUUUGAAUAUAAAUGGCUUCAGAAACCAAAAUGACCACUUUGCUCUGGAAGAUGUUUCAAAGCUGCUAUGGUGCUCCAGUACAUAUCAUCUGAAACUGUGUUGCUGAUAAUGUACUUGCUACUUUUUAGGUUUUCAGUGUUUGCUGCAGAUAUCACAGAUAAUGGUUUAAUGUCAGUGACACUGUAGUGCAUUUUGUGAUAAUGACAGUAAGUCUGUACUGAAUUGUAAAAGAUCUCUUGAAUCCCUUUAAAGCCAUGGCACUAUGCAGCAUUUUCUCAGGUCUUGAGGUUACUCGUAAUAAACAAGACAAGAUGAGCGGCCUUCGUUAACAUUGUUUGGAAACUGGCCAAUGUGUUCAGUCACCUUGAUGUAUUUUCCAUUCUUUCCUAGAAGUUCCUUAAUCUAAUGUUAAACUUCUACUUUGCAGGGCCCUUGUCCCAGCUUUGUAUUGAAGGUAAAAUGACACUCAAACUGUUCCUUACUAGUUUCAAUUUUGAAACCACAGUUGCACUCUGAAAAGAUUUUCCUCAUUUGUGACAUACAUAUGUUUUCUAACAAAUAUGACCAACUAGAGCUGCUCUUCUUGUCUAAAGUAUUACAAUCUUGAACUUCAUGACUUCAGCACACUGUCACAAAAAGUACAUACAGUAUAUCUCACUUUCAUAACAUGUACGCUGUGAAAUUUCCAGCAGACUUUGUGUUUGUUGCAUCAUGGGCUGACUAUUACUGCUGUACCAAGCAUCAGCAAGGAAGGGACCCACGUUUCCUCUUUCAGGGUAUAUCACGUAGUAAUUAGCCCUCACUUUCUUCAUGUCUGACUCUGUAGUGCUGUUGAUGAUGGAUGCUGGUUCCCCAAUUCGACUGUGCUGGUAACACUUGAAUCAGUACAUGUCAUGUGAUAUAAAAAAGUGAGACCAUUUUCUGUGUAGGUUUUCCACUUGAGACAAUUUUGUCCCAUCACUGCAUUCUUGUGAAAUAAAUACCAUCAUGACUUGAUGAUCAGAUGUUUUGUUAAGUAGAAAGACAGAAAGCCAAGUCUCUCCAAGUGUGUCAAUGCCGGUUCCUCAGAUGAAUUAAAGUCAGACUGACUGAGA